UUUAAUACACCUUUGCACUCUUUCAUGUGAUGUGUGUGUAACAAAAAAGGCUCCUUCACCAAAACUAUUUCUUUCUAAUUAUAGGUCCCUUCUAUCAAAAUUUGAACUCCAUACUUUUCAGAUCUCAGAUCCACUUUUUGCAAACUUAAUUCCUCCCCCCAUUUCCUACCUACCUACUCCAACAUCACCCAGUUAAUUCUUUAUACUAAUAAUUUUUCAUCAAAAAGUAAAACCCUUUUUUGCAAUCAUUGUAUCAUGAAUUUUUGACAAGUAACUUUUCUACUUAAUAGCUUUCCUCUCCUAAUUAUUGAUCAAAGAAAACAGAAUAAAAAAAAGUCAUCAUAAUUAUUGAUCAAAGAUUUUGUUUUAUACACCCACUUAGUAAAAUCAUGUCAUCUUAGCAAUUUCACUUUUCUUUCAAUCCAAACUCUGAAUAUGAAGAAAUUGUGUCUUAAACUUUGUUAUUUGUUUCCAACAAUCAUUCUUGUGUUUCUUAUUCCAACUUCACUUGCACAAUUAGCACAAACAGAAACUAGAAUUCUUUUCCAAGUUCAAAAACUUUUAGAAUAUCCACCAGUGCUUCAAGGAUGGAACAAUUGGACAAAUUUUUGUUUCCUCCCUCCUUCACCUUCACUCAAAAUAGUUUGUUCGAACGGUCGCGUAACCGAAUUAACUAUCAUUGGAAACAAAACAUCUCCAUCUUCACAUAUCAACAAACCUUUUCAAGCACUUUCAGGAGCUUUUUCAACUGAUUCAUUUUUCACUGUUUUGACAAAACUUUCAAAUUUGAAGGUUUUGUCAUUGGUUUCAUUAGGUUUAUGGGGUCCAUUACCUGCAAAAAUCAACAGGUUUUGGUCACUAGAAAUUCUCAACAUUAGUUCAAAUUUCAUUUCUGGUGAAAUUCCUUCUUCAAUUUCUUCAAUGAAGAAUUUGAAGAGUAUUGUUGUUGCUGAUAAUCUUUUCAAUGGAAAUAUUCCAGAUCUUAAGAGUUUAACCUCUCUUGAAGAGGUUAAUUUUGAUGGAAAUAAGUUAGGUCCACAAUUUCCUUCAAUUGGAAAAAAUCUUGUGAAAAUUAUUUUGAGCAAAAAUUCUAUAAGAUCACAAAUUCCUUCUAUGAUAGUACACUUUGAUAAACUUCAAAUAUUUGAUAUUUCUUCCAAUAACUUUUUUGGAAAAAUUCCAUAUUCCAUAUUCUCAUUACAUUCACUUCAUUACCUAAAUUUGUCUUCAAACAAAUUUAGUGGUAAUCUUUCAAUGAAUUCACCUUGUAGUUCAUCAUUGAAUUAUGUUGAUAUUUCACAUAAUUUUCUAGUAGGAAAAUUACCAUCAUGCAUUAUGAAUUCAAAGGGUAAAGUAUUGUAUUCUGGGAAUUGUUUAUCAACAAGAAAUCAACAUGCAUCUUCAUAUUGCAAAAAAGAUGCAGCUUUAGCUGUUAAGCCUCCUAAAAGAAAAGUGAAAAAGGAAUCAAGUAUGAAAUUAGGACUUGUUCUUGUUAUUGUUGGAGGUGUUGUUGGAGUUGCAUGUGUUUUGGCUUUGCUUAUUGUGUUCAUCUUGUGGAAAUCAAAACCAGAAAGAUUGAAUCAUAAUAUGGAUAGAUCUGCUGCUCAUAAGUUUUCAGAUAAAUCAAAUUUGAAUGCAAGACAUGUUCCUCAAACAAUGAGACUAGCUACACAUGGACAGCCACCAUACAAUAUUUUCACAGAAGAAGAAAUUGAAGAUGCAACCAAUAACUUUGACCAAUCAAAUUUAAUAGGAGAAGGAUCACAAGGACAGAUAUAUAAAGGUUCGUUGAGGGAUGGUUCAUUGGUCCUAAUUAAUUGUAUAAAAAUAAAGCAAAAGGGUUUACCACACAGCAUUAUGCAGCAAUUAGAUGCAUUACAAAAUUUGAGGCAUAGACAUAUGGUGAGUGUUCUAGGACACUGUGUCAUUACUCAUCAGGACCCUCCUCAAGUAACAUGCACAGUCUUCAUUGUACUUGAAUACAUCUCAAAUGUGUCAUUAAGGGAUCAACUUACAGAUGGGAAAAAGAAGGAUAUGCUAAAAUGGCCACAAAGAAUGGCAAUCAGCAUAGGAAUUGCAAGAGGAGUUCAGUUCUUACAUACAGGAGUUGCUCCUGGAAUAUUUGGCAACAAUUUCAAGAUUGAGAAUAUUUUGUUAGAUGAUAGUCUUAAUGCAAAAGUUAGUGGAUACAGAAUUCCAUUGCCAUCUAAGAGCACAGUUAAUGAACCAAGUUCCGCGAAUCAAAAUGGAAGCACAAACUAUGCAGAAAAAGAAGAUAUUUAUCAGCUAGGUGUUAUUCUACUUGAAGUCAUUACUGGUAGACAAAUUGCAUCCUCCAGUGAAGUAGAGCAGCUCAAGGAUGAGCUGGAAAGAGGUUCAUCAGAAGCACCGUCGCAAAUACUAAGAAGUGCAAUUGAUCCUUCUCUACGCGGGAGUUAUGCAUAUGAAUCAAUGAGCACUGCAGUUCAAAUAACAAUCAAUUGUCUCUCUAAGGUUUCUAGUAAACGUCCUUCAAUAGAGGAUGUUCUAUGGAAUUUACAGUAUUCAAUGCAAGUUCAAGAGAAUUGGACCAGCAGUGGGAACCUCAGCACAAAAUUUUAAACCUCUUGUCAAUAAAAUUUGUCUGAUUGUGUUUCAAAAGUUCAUUGAUCAUGAUGAAUAAAAUGGUAAUGUAAAUAUUUAAUUUCUUCCAUAAGGCCAAUAACACAUUUUGUCCUACAUUUUUCAUAUUUGUUAUGUAUAAAUUAUAUUAUUAUUAAAGUUCCUAUCAUAUUUGUAUUUUGGCUCCUGUAAA